CAUAUGCAAAAAAAAUAUGUGUCAUCUCAUCUCAACUAUGGGCGCAGCCAUGUUUCUUGUAAGGUCGUACGUCCACCUCGGGGUACUCUCAGAGCCCGCUCUCCGAACGUUCGCCUGUCCCCUGUGCGUGGGGGUGCGUAGCCAUGUUGCUUGGGUGAGCGGAUAUGUAGGCUACUGCGCAUGUGUCACAUGCGCAUGUGUCACUUGCUGAUUUGCUAAAUUCAUACGCAAUUCAGUAAUAGUGUUGCGUACGAUUUUAUACGCAUUGCUUGAGAGAUCGGGUUGGCUGCACAGCUGCACCUAACUGAAAUUCAUUUUAAAUAUUGGUGUGAAGAGAGGUUUGGACAUUCACCCUUGGACUGCCCUUCAGUCACUUGACUGGAGUUUUUUCUCCUUCUUGCCUCUCUCUCUCUCUCUCUCUCUCUCUCUCCUCCAAAGCUCAUUUUGGUUUCCCCACUGCAGGAACUUGAUCUUGCCUGUUUUCUUCCUCUUGUCUGUUUCUUUGUCUUUGUUGUCUCAUUUGGAAUUUUGGGUUGAGUGUCUGGGAUGAGUGUCCGUCUGUUUGAAAGGAAAGAGCAUGCUCUCUCCUACUGGAAAUACAGGAUCUCUCCAUCAGAAGAACUCAUCAACAAGAUUUUAAACUUCCUGGAAAAACAUAGGAGUCGGCCCUUUGAGCUGGUGGUGGAUGUGGGCUGUGGGUCGGGGCAGGGCACUGUGCUGCUUGGCCCACACUUCUCCAAAGCAGUGGGGACUGACAUUAGUCCAGCUCAGCUGGAGAUGGCCAUUCAGCAUUCCACAGCUGAGAAUAUCACAUACAGAGAAUGCCCUGCUGAGCAACUUCCUUUUGAAAACGCCACGGUGGACCUUGUGACAAGCAUGGUAGCGUUUCACUGGUUUGACCAACCACGCUUCCUCAAAGAGGCAGACAGAGUACUGAAGCCUCAAGGAUGCCUUGCACUCCUAAACUACACCAUGGACAUGGAGCUUAGCUACGGAGACUGUUCAGACGCUCUCAAUCAAAUCUGCAAGGAGGUAUAUGAUGCUCUAAUGCCAUACAGUAACUCGUACCUGGAUGCUAACGUGUUUGACCCUUACAAGAAAGCCUAUGAGACGCUUGAAUACCCUGACAAGGAAUGGCAUGAAAACCUUUGGGUGAGAAAGAGUGUUCCUGUGUCUAACUAUAUUGGAAUGGUAGAAUCCUUCUCUAACUACCAGGCUAUUUUACGUGAAGACCCAGAGAAGGCCAGAAGACUUUCCCAGGACACAACUGAGAGGUUACUGAAGGCGAUGGGGGUGACGUCUCCAGACACAGAAGUUGUCAUGUCCAUCAGGUAUUACUGUCUGCUGGCCCGCAAACCCUAGCUGGCAGAGUUUGCCCAAGACCUACCAUGUUAGUUAGGGAAAGUUAGGCUUUUUUUUACGCCAAUCUGCAAAAGAAAUUCUUACCAAUAGUUUUUUUUUUUUUUUAUCUAUGUUAGCCAUUAGUUUUAGAGAUUGGCUACUGCUACAAAAUCCAUCACUAGAUGUCCUUGAGUGUGGAUAGAAAUAGGGCUGCACGAUAUUAAGAAAACAUACAAUAUGCGAUAACAUUAUUGAGUACUGCGAUAACGAUAUAAUUUGCGAUAUUUAAAUAUACUGCUCAAAAAAGGUUUUACACACAUUUUUUGAAACCUUCCACCCUUUUCUCCAUUCUCAAACUACAUUCACAGAAUGUCUGACAGUUCUUGCAAAAUAAAACACUCGCCUCAAAAGUUUUACUUGUGCUCAAAACCAAACAUUGUCAGAGUACUGAUCCAGUGUAUGAUUGAAGUGUUCCCUUAAUUUUUUUGAGCAGUAUAUUUAAUGCUU